AUUUUCUCAAACACCACUCGGGCUGCCUGUCCAUAGGGCAGACGAAUCUCCUUUAGUCUUUCUCUUGAAUGUGCUCUUCAAUUUCAUUAAUCUCUAUUCAUGGGUAUAACAAUAUCGGAAGAAUUGGACAGAGUAUCACUUGUUCCUGGCUUUGCAGACUUCUAGAGAUGCAUCUAGUCCCUGUCGGCACACUCAGGGUGGGGGCUAAGGGCAUUCCAAGGAUUCAGCCUCUCUAAAUGUCAACUGUUUUCAAGAAAUCACAGGUCAGGGAUCCCAUCUGUUCAUUCUCCCUCCAUAUAAAAAUCCGUCAGGUGUUCACAUAUUCAAAGAAGAGGCUACUCACUCCAUCUGGUAAACCAACAUACUCAUGAUUUAGUGGAAAGAGCCCUGGAGUAGCACAGAGGGCUGCCUCAGUACACACUUAACUGAGCAUCUAACAAUGAAUGGGUCAAGCCCUUCGUAGGCAUUGGCAAUGGGAAGAUGACCAGUACAGACAGCGGAAGCUUGCUUUCAAGGCCUUCAUAAAGCGCUGGAGAUGACAAACAAACACCGUCAGAUACAAAGGGUCAGGUUCAGGACGCCAAUCAUAAUCAAAAAGCCGCGGAACACAAAGGAAGGAUUACUAGGGGUAAGUUCCAGGAGGGCAUCACAGAGAGACCUUUGAGCUGGAUUCGGAAAGACAGAUAAGUUUAAGCUGUAAGUGGGGACGAUAAUUCCCGGUGGCGGGAACCGAAGAAGCCGAGGCAGCGUUGGGACGGAGCCCAGGUGGCACCCGCGGCGCUACAAGGACACACAAGCUGUGGCAAGUGGGGUCAACUUCUCCACGCCUUGGCUCAGAAACCUGUUAUGAUUAUACCCUAAAAGCGCUAGGAAAAACUACAGAACUGCGAGGCGCCUGUGAGGACGCAAACACCGCCAAGCGAGUCCUCCACGCCUCCAUUCCCGACUUAGCGAAGUCUAGACUCCGGCCCACAGCCGAGAGGAAAGAAAGACCGGGGGUCGGGGAGGGCCCCUCCGGGGGCGGGCUCCGCCGGAGCCUGGCUGAGCUGCGCACCGCCACAUUGGUUGCGCGGCCUCGGGCUGAGCGCUUCCCGCCGUCUCCCACCGCAGUCCCCACAUCCCCUCUGAAAGGCUCGGCACUUCCCGACACCUCCUCAGUUGUCGCGGCAGCUCCCGCUUCUCACAGCCGCGAAGCCCGGGCCUAUCCCGCGGUCGGGCCUCCACGGCCCUCUUCGCCGUGACGAAUCGGCGCCCGGUUGGGAAAGUAUCCAAAUUCGGGGAGUUUUGAGAGCCAAUGGGGCCUGAAAAAAAAUCCCUGAGUGUGCUAAGCAUCACCGCGUCCUCAUUAGAGGUUUAUUUUUUCUAAAGAGGGUCUGGUGGGGCCUGGAAAAAAAUUAAGAAGAGUGUGGAAAGUGCGAGUGCGGAAGCUCCGGACGCGAGGGGCGGGGCGUGCGCGGGACAAAGGGAAGCGAAGCCGGAGCUGCGGGCGCUUUUUCUGCCCGCGGUGUCUCAGAUUCAUUCUUAAGGAACUGAGAACUUAAUCUUCCAAAAUGUCAAAAAGACCAUCUUAUGCCCCACCUCCCACCCCAGCUCCUGCAACACAAAUGCCCAGCACACCAGGGUUUGUGGGAUACAAUCCAUACAGUCAUCUCGCCUACAACAACUACAGGCUGGGAGGGAACCCGGGCACCAACAGCCGGGUCACGGCAUCCUCUGGUAUUACGAUUCCAAAACCCCCAAAGCCACCAGAUAAGCCGCUGAUGCCCUACAUGAGGUACAGCAGAAAGGUCUGGGACCAAGUAAAGGCUUCCAACCCUGACCUAAAGUUGUGGGAGAUUGGCAAGAUUAUUGGUGGCAUGUGGCGAGAUCUCACUGAUGAAGAAAAACAAGAAUAUUUAAACGAAUACGAAGCAGAAAAGAUAGAGUACAAUGAAUCUAUGAAGGCCUAUCAUAAUUCCCCCGCGUACCUUGCUUACAUAAAUGCAAAAAGUCGUGCAGAAGCUGCUUUAGAGGAAGAAAGUCGACAGAGACAGUCUCGCAUGGAGAAAGGAGAACCGUACAUGAGCAUUCAGCCUGCUGAAGAUCCAGAUGAUUACGAUGAUGGCUUUUCAAUGAAGCAUACAGCCACCGCCCGUUUCCAGAGAAACCACCGCCUCAUCAGUGAAAUCCUUAGUGAGAGUGUGGUGCCAGACGUUCGGUCAGUUGUCACAACAGCUAGAAUGCAGGUCCUCAAACGACAGGUCCAGUCCUUAAUGGUUCAUCAGCGAAAACUAGAAGCUGAACUUCUUCAGAUAGAGGAACGACACCAGGAGAAGAAGAGGAAAUUCCUGGAAAGCACAGAUUCGUUUAACAAUGAACUUAAAAGGUUGUGCGGUCUGAAAGUAGAAGUGGAUAUGGAGAAAAUUGCAGCUGAGAUUGCACAGGCAGAGGAACAGGCCCGCAAAAGGCAGGAGGAAAGGGAGAAGGAGGCAGCAGAGCAAGCUGAACGCAGUCAGAGCAGCAUCGUUCCUGAGGAAGAACAAGCAGCCAACAAAGGCGAGGAGAAGAAGGACGACGAGAACAUUCCAAUGGAGACAGAGGAGACACACCUUGAAGAAACGACAGAGAACCAACAAAACGGUGAAGAAGGCACGUCUACUCCUGAGGACAAGGAGAGUGGGCAGGAGGGGGUCGACAGUAUGGCAGAGGAAGGAACCAGUGAUAGCAACACUGGCUCGGAGAGCAACAGUGCAACAGUGGAGGAGCCCCCAACAGAUCCCAUACCAGAAGAUGAGAAAAAAGAAUAAAUGUUGCCUUGUUUUAUGUGUUCUAAAUACUUUUUUAAAUGAAAAAAUGUUUUUUGGUUUUAAUGGUGUUAUGUGGUUUGUGUAUUAAUUUUUUUCUUGUCCAUAUCACACCACCAAAGGCUUUUGGACCAUUUAGCCUCAUGAACCUAAUGGCACAGUCAGUCACCCUUCUUAGUGUUGUGAAGAUGGCCCUUUUCUUUGGAUCUUGUUUCUAGCCCUCAACUGCUGAAAGCCUCAGAAUUUAGAUUAAUUGAGAAAACACCCUCCUCUUUUAGAGAAUUAUCCUUUGAUGCUGCAGAAUCUACUGUUACAAUGCCUUCCUACAGCUCACUGGGGUGCUUACCAAAGCCAUAGCUUUAAACCUUCCCAAUCCCCAUCAACAGUUUCCUGAAAAUCUCCUCUCUUGUUUACUUCUGCAAAGGGUAGCUUCUUAAAACUGUAAUCAUGUAUGAGUAUGUAUUUGUUCACUUCCCCUUUUUUACUUUUAGUCAAUGUCAGAUACCAAGAGUUGUGUUAAGAAGUUGAGUGUAGGCUACAACUAACUAUGCUUGGAUCUUACCGAUCCAGAAAUAGCUCCCAUAGUUAAGAGUAGUUACUUAAGAAAUGGUCAUUAAAGUGAACACAACGCAUAUACAUUAUCUAUACUGCUUUUUGUUAUGAUUAAUAUUGGGUAUGUUCUGGUAAAUUCAUCCUUACUGUAUAGAAAAAAAAUUACUUUUUUACCAGGUUUUCCAAAGACAGACUAGAUCACAAAACUCAAGGAAUUUAAUAUUCUUGUAAUGGACUAGAUAAUUUAAACUAAUUAGCCCAUUCCAGAAGAAAAACAGCUGGGAAUUAAGUUAAUCCACUUGAAAUUAUUUUACAAUAAUCAGAACAUUCAAAACCUCAAGGCUCAGGAUCCCAUAGAUCGAGCCCACCUUUUUGAUAAACUCUUAGUACUAAGUCUUGAGACUAGAAGCAAGAUAGUUUGUGACACAUGCUUCCCAAAAUCUAGAAUAGAUUUUUACUGAAUAGUGGUAUAUCUGAUGGUAUAUGUUUCCUAAAGGUCCAAAUAUAAUAAAAAAAUGAAAAAAAAAGGUCUCAGUGUUUUUAAUGCACUACAUACUUGUAUGCAAGACAAGCAUCCAGUUUUCUUUCUGUAAUGCAGUGACAGUGUGGAAUGACCACUCAGCCAUUGCAAGUUUGUGUACUCGGGGCCCUUGUCUCACCCAACUAUGUUUAUAAACUGCUGCAAAAGUCAGUUCACUUGUACAAGCUACUUGUGAAAAUCAGUUUUCAUAGUCAAUGUCAUAUAUGGAAGUUGGCCUUUGACUGCAAAAGUAAGGGGAAUAUGUUUCCACAUUAACAUGAGGAAUAUGAAGAAAUCUCUAACAUUUGAAUUAUGUUUGAAAAAGUGGCUAAAAACUCUAAGUCCUGUACUUCUAUGGAGAGAACUUUUCUAUACUGGCAUGAGUGAAUUUACAAUGAAUUCACUCUUAGUUCAUGGCACAUUAGUGACUAGGAAUCUGUUCAGCCUCCUGAGAGGAGGGAGGAAGGUUGUCUGGUGCCAACAACUCUUGACAUCGGUUUCCUUGUGUGGCAAUGAUUUUAUCAAAUAGAUCUGUUUCUGAGUGUUGGCCAUUAUAUGACUAGGAACUCAGCCUAUCUCAUCUCAGACAAAUUGGAGAGCCUCUGAUACAUUUUCUAGUAGUCAAAAUGGGGUAGAUGUAGAUUAACGUGGGUGGAAAACUGCUCAAUUAAAGAUAUCAGGUUAUUUACUAUGGUAUCCAAGGUUCUAAGAGAAUGGAAGUGGUUCCUUUGCUCGGCUGGAAAUGGAACUGGGAAAAUAAGUCUAUCCAGGCCCAGCUUGCCCAUACAACACUGGCAAUUGGCUGAUGGCUGAUGAGGGAAUUUUUUUUUUUUGAGAUGGAGUUUCGCUCUUGUUACCCAGGCUGGAGUGCAAUGGCGCAAUCUCGGCUCACCGCAACCUCCGCCUCCUGGGUUCAGGCAAUUCUCCCACCUCAGCCUCCUGAGUAGCUGGGAUUACAGGCACGCACCACCAUGCCUAGCUAAUUUUUUGUGUCUUUAGUAGAGACGGGGUUUCACCAUGUUGACCAGGAUGGUCUCAAUAACUUGACCUCGUGAUCCACCCACCUCGGCCUCCCAAAGUGCUGGGAUUACAGGUUUGAGCCACGCUGUAGUCUCGCUCUGUCACCCAGGCUGGAGUGCAGUGGUGCCAUCUCAGCUCACUGCAACCUCCACCUCCAAGUUCAAGUAAUUCUCUCUGCCUCAGCCUCCCAAGUAACUAGGAUUGCAGGCGCUGCCACCAUGCCUGGCUGAUUUUUGUAUUUUUUAGUAGAGACAGGAUUUCACCAUGUUGGCCAGGCUGGUCUUGAACUCCUGACCUUUGGUGAUCCACCUGCCUCAGCCUCCCAACGUGCAGGGAUUACAGGUGUGAGCCACCGUGCCCAGCCCCAUAGUCCCCCAAUUUUCUAACAGGAAUUUUAAAUUCCGUAACAUCCCAUCUAUAAACAAGGCUGUCUUUUUAAAUGGCUCUCCGACAGGAUGUGAUAAUUAUGUAUUCUAUAAAGCCGAGAUUUGGGGAGAUAUAUAUAAUUCACAUUAACAAGAUAAUGUAAAUGCCCUAUGGAAAACAUAAUACUUGGACUAUAUUUGAAAGGGGAAUCUGGGGUCAUGCAUAUUGAAGUUCAACUAGAUCCCUCCAGAUUUUUUGUUUUGAUCCUACACAUUUAGAGACUAGUUUGGGAUUUUAGACAGUUGGUGCUGACAGUGUGAAAUUCCCAUUGCCUGCAGUUAAAUUGAAGCUUUGGUUUCUCAUGUGAACAGGCAGUGAAGCCGGGAUUAUACUUUAAGCCCUCAUUUCAGAAAUAGUUUCCCUCCACCCCCGAGCACUACCACACAUGGUCUCCCCACCUGGUUUCAGCUAGUGCAUGAGUUUUCUCUUGUUUUUUACCGCUGGGCAAACCUUGCUGAAACAACAACCGACUUCUUAAUGAUUUGCACAUUUGGAGGGCUUAACGUCUUUGCAAAUGAAAAAUCCACUGUGCAAUAACAAGCUCAAAGGAACUCCGGGCCUUUUUAGAAGAAAUCAUGCUGCAUUACACUGUGGCUUACUGCAAUAAUGUUUCUUUGAUCAGGAUGGAAAAGAAAAUACUGAGUUUAGUAGAAAACAAUGUUAAAUGUAUUUGUAAUGAUACAAUUGUUUAUAAAUGUUUUACUAUUAGGUUGAACCAUAAGAAAUUGCCAGUAUAGGAUUUCAUCUGCAAAAUGACAAUUUCACCUGGUUUAACCUAAAUUCUGCAUUUUAUACUCCAAGAACAAGCUCUUAAUGGCAGCUUUCUACAUGUGAAAUGAUGGAACUUUCUGUUUGCCAGAAUGAUCUACACUUCUCUAAUAGUUUAUGUCAUAUUGUUAGCCAAACCCUGAUUAAAACACAAAUCUCAAACUA